AUGACCUCCCCUCCCGGCACCAGCACCAAAAUGGACCAAACGCUUUACAAACUAACCUUCACGACACCCCCAGCGCACACGACAUCCAUCCUCGCCGCCCUCCACGCCACCACAGCGGGGACCUGGCCAAACCCACCCUCCGCCUGCCCGUCGACCUCUCCGCCCACCCCGCCAAAAUACACACACACAGCCUUCAUCACGCGAGGAACGGGCCAAUUCCGGCCUAGCGCGCACGCAACACCGCAUAUCGGGACACCCGGGGCGGUCGAAUUCGUCGACGAGGACCGCGUCGAGAUGGUCGUGGUGGGCCGCGAUGUGCUACGCCACGCGGUCAAGGCGCUCAGGGACGCGCAUCCGUAUGAGGUUGUCGCGUUCUUCGUGGUGAGGUGUUUGGGCGAGGAUGAGUUUUGA